AUGCUCGUUUUCCUGUCAAUUCUGGUAGUGACUUCUUGUAUACAAAUUGCGUUCGGACAGCAACAUUGGGAAUCGCCAUAUAGUCACACGUUUCAACGAGCCGCGUCGGAAUGUGCCGGAUAUCUACGCUUAUCGAACGCAGUGUUGGCCAACUGCCAAACCAACAACGCUUAUCCCGAAGACUUGAUUUGUAUGGAUCUGGUUCACUGUAUCCUGGUCGAUCUGCGCGCCUGGACUAAUCGGAAUGGUUUCGUACGUCAACAGCUGGAGGUAUUCCUGGCAAAACAUGGCAAUUACAAUCCACAGAAUUUGCAAACGUGUCUAGAUCAAGAACUGGCAGCGUUACCUCCCAGAGACUUCAUUCCGAGAUCUUACAAGACAUUCAAGUGCUAUCUCACCCACUACGGUUUUCCGACAACGCAAAGCAAAUUUCUCAGAUAUUCUGACCCGGACCGAGAUAUCAUGUUCAGAGAGGCUAUCGAUAUGUCUAAUCUUACUGUUGCUGCAUUGGAUGCGUUUGUCAACGGGGAUUUCCUUUCGCCGCAAAUCACUAACUUGGGAUACAUCUUCGUGCUUCGACUCGGAUUCUACACUCCGGAAGCUGGAUUCAACAAAGAAGUCCUUUACAUCCAGCUGGGUGAUGAGGACAUUUUUAGCGACGAGGUUAGCCAAUGUGAGGACAGUGUUAAGCAGCAGUACUGUGAGGAGCCGGAACGUGUCGCCAGAAUCUGGCUUCAGUGUUAUUCCAAGUAUAAUUUCCUUUUAACACUAUUGCAAGGAAUAGCUAGAGAAGUAGCGCAGGAAGCUGCAGACAGGUGCAGCGGGAUCACCACGUCACAGCCUAAUCAAGGUUGA